CAUUUUCGUAAAUUAUAUGAACUUGUGGGGUGAAUAGGGCAAAACCAAUUUAAAAAAAAAAAAGAGGUUAGUUUUGUGUUUGACUUUAAGUUGUAGGUCAAUUUUGCAAAAAGCCCUUCAGAUACUCUGAAAUACCAUCUAUUACACAUGGCAUUUUAUAAAUGGUUCAAAGUUUAAAAAAUCAUUUUGAUUUAAAUAAAUAAGUAAAAUAUUAUCAAAUAAUUAUUUUGUUUUGUAUAGAAACUGAGUUGAGAUACAUGACGGAUGAGGUUGCUCUAAUAAGAUUUUAAGAUGAAUAGGUGAGCUUGUCCUUUGGACCCAUCCUGUUAUUAAUACUCAAAUCAUAUAAUAAUAAUGGUAGGGGAAAAUCUAUUAAAAUGUUGAAAUAAUAUAUGGUAGUUGACUAGUUGAUAUCCAGAAGAUCAUGAAAGAUCACCUGAGUUGUGAUAUGGUUAGAUGCGUGAACAACAGGACCAACUCAACCUACAACAAAAUGCAAGUUUGUCAUUUAGCCGUAAAAGUUGAUUGCAGGCUAACAGGUUGUCGUGAUUAAGUUGUACAUAGUAAUAGAAAAUCUUUUAUAGAAAAAAAAAAAAGUUGUACAUAGUAAUAUAAGGCAUGAUUAAGCCGGUUUCUAGGAGAACAGAGAACAGCUGUCUCGAUAUGUGCGAUCUUUAAGCAACAAGUAGUCUAUAUAUUAUCAUGAGAGCCGUCAGAAAAAAAUAGAACAUCAUGAGAGAGUGCAACAUGCAUAAUUAGUCUACCUAGUCGAUCAAGGCACAGCUGAAAAAGCGGUAAUAGCCGAAACUGAUAAACAACUAGCGACAAGUCCCUGAAGUCAAGAAGAAAGUGUUGAUGGAACUCAUCUGAGAUAAGCUAAUUCUGCAGCAAGUAAAACUAAACGAUUUGAGAAUCACGAUACAGAGAAGCAUGGAACAGGAAAAAGAUAAACUUAUAAUCUGAAAAUGAUUGUUAUAUUGUACGCUCAAAAUGAUUGCAACAGCAGAGCUUGUGUGGGGGUCAUAGCAACAAUUACAGAACUUGUGCAAAGCACAUGCCAAAGGCAAUGAGCACAGAGGCGGAUCUAUAUAGGAAGAUAGGGUGUCAUUGACACCCCUUACCCCUUAAAUCUAUAUAAAUAGUGUUUUGUUCGAAUAUUCUUUAGAAUGUCAAUAGCUCUGUCGAAGAACGUGCAGCCUGAAUGGAGGCAGAUAAAGCAUGUGAUUUGGGGGCAAACAAGAUUUAUAUAUUUAGGUGGCCAAUUAGGAGAAAAACUUUAUAUAGCUCUUUUGGUAAGGUCUUCAGGAUGCGUAAUCGAGGUGCUGAGUUUGAUUUUUUAAACUGCAACUGUAACCACUUUCUCUGAGUUUUUUAAUAUAAAGGGUCAAAAGAAUUUUUUUGUUUGUGGGCCGAAUUUUUUCAGGCCCGGCUCUGAUUCUACCGCUGAGAAUUAUAAAAAAAAAAUUAUAUGUAAUUGUACCAUUCUAAACUGUCUUAUAAGAUCCAUGCUUGAAAGUAUUGUUUACACCAUUUUAAAGUUAUUAUGUAAUUUUUUUUUUCAUCAAUAUGCAUAAUUAGUUUUCUUUUCUAGGAUUCAAAAUUCAGACUUCCUAUUGUAAAAGUUUUAAUGAACAUUUAGUUAAAUCAUUAUACUAAGAAAGUUACAAUAAAUAUACUUAAACACAAGGGGCGAACCCAAAAUUUAUUUUAUGUGAGGUCAUAAUGAAGAUAAAUACCAAAAAUUUUAAGUAAAGAUGACAUUAAAUAGAAUUGUAUCCUGGUUCUAUGGGUUCAAUGUCCAACUCCUUAACCAAAUAAACCAGAGUUCAUUACUAAUUGUUGCUUGCAAAUUCGGUUUAUAAUAUUAUUGUGGUGUAAACUGACACCAUUGCAUUGCACGUGAAUCCGCCCCUGCUUAAACAUACUCUUUUUAGAAGAAAAAAUGAUGUCUAAAUCAAAUCAGUAAUUGAAAUAGGUACCCAAAAAUAUAAUUAUAUAUCUAAACGCUAUUAGCUAUAUUAAAGUAAGCUAAAUACUCAAUAUUAUAAUUUUAUAAUCUAAAGGGCUUAAUUAUGUGAAAGUAUGUUUUAUGAGCAAUUUUUAUAAUAUUAAGAAUUAUGUUUUCUUUACAAAAGACAAUAAUUUACAAACAAAAAAAAAUUAACCAGUUGAGAAAUAUGAACGGUCCAACACAGUCUCCAUGUCACGUAUCUUUGAUCUCAUCAAUUGUAUUUUUCUUUAUAAAAUAAUUACUAUUGAUAUUUCAUUCUUUAUAGUAUGUAUCCUCUUAAAUAUUGAUACAUUACGCUUAUAACAAAAUGAUAAAUUAGUUUGACUAAAAAUUUUAUGGCUAACUUUUGUAAAGUUAGAGCAUCACAUUCAUAAUAUAUCCACCAUUCAUGUAAACAUUCAUGAAUUAUAAUAGUUUAAAUAUGAGAAUUUAAGUCAAAUUGUAUUACAUAAUGGGUCACCCAUCGGUUCAACCGGUAGCCGAGUCCUAGGUUUUAACGGUUUUUUGCGGACUUUAUAGAAUUUUUAAAUAUAGAGUUUUUUUAAAACGAAACCGGAUUACAUAUAGGGUCACCGGUUCUAUCGGUUUAACCGCGGAUCUGGGUCGGGUUUCAGAACACUGAAUAUAACACUUUAUGUGUAACAUUUAAAUGUAGAUAUACAAUCAAAAAUACAAAUUUAUAUCAUAUAUAUUUAGUUUUUUUUUGGAAAAUAAUUCAGCGCUUUGAAAGCGCAGAUCAAAAUCAGAUCAAAAUCUAGCUAGUCAUUAUUAAGAUCAAAUACUUUACCGUAAAAGAUUCACAAAUAUUUUUAGAAAUUUUUUUUUUGUCACUUGUAAAUUCUAAUUGACCUUCUCUCACUCUUCUCUCUGUUCUCUCACUUCAACUUUAGAACAAUCUAAAUAAAGAUAUAGUCAAUAGAAUAUAAUUAUAUAAAGCUUUUUUGAAGCUUUGUAUUUAAUGAUUAUAAGAUUUGAAGUUUGUAUACAAAUAUCAGCUAUGUUGAAUAACUUUUAACUUAUAAUUAUGUAAAAAGAAUAUGAUUAAAGCAGAAAUAUUGGAAAAUACAUAUUUGUCAUGUAAACAAGGUUGUCUUACGAUACAAUACUAUAUAAAGAGAUUUAAGAAAUUUUGCAAAUCAUAUAUUAUCUUCUAUAAACUAAGCAAAACACUGAGGUAUAAAUUAAAUUCAUAAAUCGCGUCUUGUUGGUUAUGAUUCAUAUCCUGAAGCGUAUACGACAUUAUAUACUAGAAAGAAAAUGAUCACACCAAUAGCAAUGGUCGGAAAAACUGCUACAAAAGUGGUUAAAAACGUUAUGAUCAUGGAUAUGUAUGUAUAAUAUCAAAAUCGAAACAGAGCAUUUUCUUUAAGACUUGUACCGGAAGUGAAACAAUAAAGAUGGCAAUGAACAAAUGAUAUUUAAUCAUAUCUUCUGAAGAUAAAAUAAAUCAAGUGUGAGUACACUAUCAGAUUGUAUAAAACUUUUUAAAAGCUAAAAAGACUGAUACAUAUUGAUGAUGUAUAUCACUAAUUAUGAUGUUUUAAUUUCUCCAACCACGUCUAAAGUAUAGUCAAUCAAAAAGUGAAAAUUGUUCCAAUUUAAUGAAUAAGAAGAAACUUCAUUUUGAGAGAUGGUAUUAGGAGUCUCGCACCAUAUGUUAGUGACUUUGUUUUGUUACUGAAUGAUUUCAUUAAACUUAAGAAAAACAAAUGGACCUAAAACGUGGCCCAUUCCGAGAGGUUCAUUACACAAGCAGAUAGGAGUGAAGAGCCUUUUUGGCUACCCCAUCCGCUAACGAGUUUUCUGAUCGAGGGAGAUGAGAGAAAGAGAUAGUCACAAACCCAGAGGAGAUCACUUGAAUAUCUUCCACGAUUCCGAUGAUUUCUUUAGACUGAAUUUUGCCGGUUAUAGCUCUGAAGAGCGUUGAGUUGUCAGAGAGAACUUUGAGAUUUGAGAAUUCCAAAGUUAGCGCCAUGCAAAGAGCCGAUCACACCGCAAGGGUCUCUGCAAUUCAUGGGGAGUUCACGAAAGUCUGGAUCGACGAUCCCUGGGAUGAAACUGCCAGAGAUGGUCCCGAGAAUAUCCAACCUAAGCCGCGUCUGUUUUACAAGUGAUCAAUCUCGAGGUAUCUGUGGAUCUGGAUGAUCGAUUUGAGGAAGAGCGUAGAGCAGAAGGUAACAAUUUAAUUUCUGAUGUUUUUCCUUGUGCUUCUGGCCAUUCUUUUGCUAAUCUCAGACCUUUUAAUGCUAUUUCCUCAGGACUGAAGGUUUUACCUUCAAAAAUCAAUGAGUUUCGUGCUGUCCAGAUUGCCCAGCAAAUCCAUGGAAGUGUAUUGAGCGCAAAUCCUGAAGGGGGAAGGCAAACGGCUGUUCGGAACUUGAUGAUGGCCUCUUUGAAAGAUGAAUCUGCAGCUAUGUGAACUUCUUGGCGUAAAGGGUCACAUUUCCAUACCUUUACCGCAAAGGGGCAGGUAAAGAACAUAUAUAUGUCUGAUUCAAGGUUUUGACAUCUCAGGCAAGGAGUUGCUGAUAUUAAACCCCUCUUUUGUAGGUUGACUCUUAGAGGAAGGGCAUUCUUCACUACUGACCAGAGGAAAGCUUUCAUUUUGGGUGAGAACUUUCCUGACCAAAUGUCCUUUAUCCACUGGAAAUCCUCAGCUUGAUGCAACAAUGACGACUCUGUGCAGGAGAUAGAAGCCGCGUGAUAUCCUGAUUUUUGUGGAAUAAAUACCCGAAGAUGUAGAGUGUCAGAUAUAAGAAUCUUAUGCUCCUUUCAGGCUUGGUUGUAGGCACAGAAUCUGAGAGAAAUACUCAGGUAAAAUUUUUUGAAUCAUGCUUUUAUUCCACUUUAGGUCAUCCGUUAGGAGGUCUGACACUGUGAGGUCAAGUUCAUAUUCUCGAAUAGGACCUAUAGGCUUUUGAAUCUUAUCGAGUGAAAUCCAAGAGUCCUUCCAAAGUCGUAUCGUUUGUUCAUUCCCCACAGCUUUCCCCAGGUUCUUAGUUAGAAGAUCUCUGCCGUAGAGGAUCCCUCUCCAGCCAUGAGAGCAUGUCUAAGGUGGCUCCACAUCAAGGAAGUGCUUUCCAUGGCAAUAUUUCCCCAAUAGAACCCAUGCUAGUAAGCUUCUCGAGACCGUGAUUAGACGCCAUGCCAGUUUUGCUAGAAGGGCCUGAUUGAAUUUCUUGAUAUCCCUUAGACCCAAACCUCCCAAAGAUUUAGGUUUAGAUAAUUUAUCCCAAGCCACCCAGCAAAUAUAUUUUUUCAUCUACUCCAUCCCACCAGAAUCUUGUUAACACAGAUAGUGUUCUUUUACACAGGCUGAUCAGGAGUUGGAAACAUGACAUGGUGUAGGUUGGGAUGGCAUUGAGUACUGAUUUGAGCAUUGUGAGCUUCCCAGCUCAAGAGAGUCUCUUUGGGGACGAGCUGAUAGCCUUCUGUCGAAUUCUAUCUACCAUCGAGGUGGAGACUUACUUGAGAAUGUGAUGGAUGACUUGGCUUUGUUAAUCAUUUGACCGGAAGCUCACUCAUAAUCUUUUAGGAUCCUCAGCAGAGUUUUGCAAUUUGAAGCGGAUGCAAGGCAAAAGAACAAGGUGUCAUCUGCAAAGAGCAGAUGACUGACCCUCUGGCUUCCACGUGCUACUCUGACUCCCUGAAGCAAAUUAAAAUUUCCUUUCUGCACUCUUGCACAAACCAAAUAGGACUUCACUACAGAGUAUUUAAGAUAUAAGGAGAUAGGGGAUCUCCCUGCCUAAUACCUUGGUAAGGCUUUACUUCUCCAUAGACUGAAUCAUUGAGUAGAUAGGAGUAAGAAACUGUAGUGAUGCAUUGCAUUAUCCAGUUUAUCCAUGUUGCAUGAAAGCCUAGUCUUUGUAGAACAUAUGAGACAAAAUUCCACUCAAUUAUGUCUUACGCUUUCGACAUAUCUGUCUUUACAGCCAUAUUACAGUUCUUUUCUACCUUUGAUCUCUUUAGGAAGUGUAGCACCUCAUAAGUGAUCAAAACGUUGUCUGUUAUAGCCCUUCUCGGAAUGAAUGCUUAUUGAUACUCGUAGAUUAUAGAUCCCAAAAAUGUUUUUAAUCUUAGGGACAUCAGCUUUGAAAUUAUCUUGUAAAAAAUAUUGCAAAGGGAAAUAGGUCUAUAGUCUUUCACUUUUUGCACUCCUGUGAUUUUUGGAAUUAACCUCACAUAUUUUUGUUGACCGUUGGUGUUGGUGUGAGGAUACCCGUUGAGAAGAACAGCUGGAUCUUCUUCACCACCGCUGGCCCGAUGACCUCCAGUUGGACUGAAAGAAAAUGGCUGAAACCCCGUCGGGGCCUAGCGCCUUAUCUGCAUUGAUCGCAAAGGCAGCUUCCUUUAUCUCAUUUGCAUGCGGCAUCACUAUGAGUCUUUCAUUUUGUGCAUCUGAAAUGCAUGGUUGGAGAGCUUCCACGAUUUUUGGUUGUCCAUCAACACAACCCGAUUCAAAGAGGUCCGAGUAGUAUCCUGAGAUGACUCUGGAAAUCUCUUCUUCUUCAUAGACUGAAUUAUUUUUCAGCUUUUUUACAAGUGCAACAAUCUCAGAUUAAGUUCGUGAAUCAGGGCUUCAUCGGAUUUUGAAUUGGACAUUGCGGCCUCCAGUUUAUGUUUUGUAUCCUCCAACGACUUUUGGCUGUUUUCAUGAAACUUCUUACUCCAGGCACAAAUGGCCUUUCUGCAUGAGAGAGCAUCUCUUCCACAUUAAGCUGCAGGGAGUUUUCCCAAAUAUCCUUAAUGAUAUUUUUUAUUUCCAGAUUAUCUUUGAGGCGUUUAUCGUAUCUGAAAUUUUUUGCCCCUUUUUUCUUGAAGUAUCUAGGAAAGUAAGCAGAGGUCUGUGAUCUGAGCCCUCAAACUUGAGGUACUGGUUUGUGCAAGAUGGGAACAGCUCCGUUCAUUCGGUUUUACUUACAGAUCUUUCCAGUCUGCAAAGCACCAGAUGAGUGUCUCUUCCCUCUCCAAGAUAAGUAUUUUCCAGAAAAUUUUAGAUCAAAGAGCUCAUUCUAAGACAGGAAAGACCUGAAGGCACAGAAAGUUCCUUCGACUCUUUCUGGUCCUUCGCUUUUUUCAAUGUUGUCCACUAUUUCGUUGAAGUCUCCUGUUAGGAACCAUGGACCCCCUGAGUCUGAUUGUAGAGCUGAUAGUGAAUUCCAAACUUAUAGCCUUUUUGGCUAAUCUGGUUUACCGUAGACAAACGUUGCAUGAAACGAUUUAUCUUUAUAGGAGACUGUAGCAUCGAUAAAAUUGCUUGAAGAUGAAUUAAUUUGGAGAUCCAUAUCUUUUUUCCAGGAAAGAAAAAGACCUCCACCUCCUGGCGUGUGCGGUGGAACUGCAAAAUAAUUAUUUGACUGAAGCCAAUGAAGUUCCUUUAGCAACAUCCCCGUGGGGUUUUUGGUCUCCAUGAGGAAAACAAUGUCAUGAUCAUUCUUCCUCUGGAUCCCUUUGAGUCGCUGGACUGUUACGGGGUUCCCCAGCCCAUAGAAGUUCCAGCUAAAAAUCACUAAGUAGUCUGGGGUAAAGAAGCCGAAAAUCCGACUUCUUCAUUGUUAUAGCUGGUAUUACAUGGAUCGGCGGGUUCCUCCCUGAUUGAGAAGUUUUCUGCUACAUCAUUUGGAGUCUUUUUCACCAUUUCCUUCUUUCUAUAUGAUUCUCUCUCUAAUGGAUCUACACCUAUUCCUUGAAUCCUAAUUCUUCUCCUAGCUUUGUUCUGAAAAGCCAUCAAUGUUUCAUCUUCCUCAGGAUUCUUUUGGAUCGACGGUUUGACAGGGAUGUCCUCCGUUUCCGAGACCUGUUUUGGCCUCCAUUGGCCUGAGCUCCAUUGAGGAAAGAGGUAUAUACCUCUCUGUGAUGGUCUGCUGAUACCCUCUCUCUUCUUAGAGUAGAGAUGUGAAGCAUUUCUCUGGUGGUGGAUUACGAGUUUGCUUGGUGCUUACUCUUUCCCCGAAAGAGUUUCCGUGUCUAUCAAAUAUUUUCUGGAACGAGAUGUUGGCAGAGUUUACACCACCAAAACUUUACGAAGUUGGUAAUCCUCCGAAGAAGAUCUUAGGGAGUUUGAAAUGUAGUUGUUGGGGGUCUUAUGCUAAUCUCAUGGGGAGAUUUUGGAGGUAAAGUUUUUCCUCAGAUAAAGAAGUGAGAAACAAAAUGAGCAGUGUAAUUCAAGUCUCUCUUACUCCAGGCUCAUGGUUGUCCAAGGUACCCAACUCUUGGCCUACUCUGCAAAUCAUGUCUUCGUGCCAAUAGAGGAGGGGUAAAACUUUGAUUUUGAUCCAGAAAGGAUUCAUGGAGGGAAAAGAGGGGGAGAUGAUCGGUUCCCACCACUGGAGGAUGACCAUCCAGUAGGAGAAAUGAUCUGAACCGACAGCUCUACCUUAAAAAUUCCAUUUGCACGGAAGAGGUGGAAUGAGAGCUCACAUCUUCUGUUCAUGUGGGUUAGUGAGCCUUCCUAUAAGGGAGCCAUUGAAACCAAAAAUGAAGUACGUUUCCAACCGGUCUGCAAGUAGUGGCAAGAAAAAACCUUGCUGGAGGAGUUACUAGUCGACUCCUUGCAGAUUUGCUUGCUGAUGUCACUGAAACGAAGUGGAAAGCAAAGAAAAACGAAGAUGUGGCUUGCAAUCUUGCGAGAGGGAAGCCUGGUGAACAAAUGUCGAUCAACAAAGAGGGUGUUGUUGCGGAUUCAUGUUGCUAGAAAGUGAAACAGCGUCAGAUUUGAGAUUUGAAAUUCAAACUAUGUUGAAGAGGCAGCUAGAGGAUGCUUUUUGGGGCAUAUAAUAGGGUUUCCAAGAGGUUAAUGGGAAGGAACCAGUGGAUACUUUCCUUACUAGGAAAAAGCGAGGGUAGUCCCUUUCAUGUUUUACCCUUUAGACUCAAGCAAACACCUUGCCUCAAAACAUGGGUCUAGGAGAGUUUUCUCAGCAAGACUAUUUGGUCUCCACUCGUGGUUGGAAUCCUUGUGGAACUUUUUCUGGUUACUUAAAUUUACAAGAAACCUGAUGAGAUAUAAAGAAGGUCCAUAUUUUAGUGACCUAAAUUGGGUAUAUUAUCGAUUAUAAAGUUAAAUUCAAUUCGAGAUUAAAAAUCUCAUCAUCCCAAAUGAAAGAGUAAAAUAUUCCCACAUUCACAACAAGUGCCUAACAAGUGGAACGUCCAUGAGUUUAAUGUGCCUGGUCAGGGUGGGAUUGAUGAGUCAUCCAUAAAGUAAAUUUAGGAGAUUUUAAAACUAAUCAUAUUAAGGUGUUUACCAAAGGAACUUAGAGCAUGCACAUCACAUGUAUGACAAGUGCGCUGGUCUCCCCACGCAAAAGAGUAGCAGCCAAGGUGGGAACUCGUCAUGGUGAUAGUGGCAAACCACCGGAGCAAGGGUCCUUCAAACCCAAAACCGGUGCAUCUUAAGUUCUAAGAAUGUGAAUCAAUGUUUAUUUACAGAGAGUCUACGCGAGACGGAAUUGGUUUACGGGGGUGGUCUUUUAUUUCUUUUAAUACUUUUCUUUACUAUUGGUGACUUAGUUGGUUUUAAGAGAGUGAGGGAAGUUGGAGUUGUUAUGUUUCUUUUGGUUCUUAAUAAGACUUGGAAUAAUACUGGUUUCUUGAGUUUAUGGUGGUCUCUUGGUGUAUAUGUAACCGUUUUACAUUGCGGAGAGGGCUUGGCUUUUUUGGUUUGGAAUCAUGGUUGUGUGUGGUGGCCUAUUACUGGCGUUUUCUUCCCUGUACUGACUCUGCAUUAGUGUGGAAAGAUGAUGCAUGUAUGGCCUAUGCGAUUAAGGAGAUGGGAAUUGAAAGGUAUAGUCCGGAAUAUAGUAAAUGCAUUUGGUCUCUUUGCUUUGGGGAUUACAUAUGGUUUAUCAGAUCAAUAUAAAGAAUACUAUAUAGCAUUUGAUACGAAUGGUGAGUUAUGCUUAUUGGUGGCACAAAUUUUUCUAAAGCACAAGUGUUUUAUAAUUUUACUUUAUCCUUUUGAUUAUUCGAUAUGGUGAUAGGGAAACAAUUGGCAAGUUUUUGGUUCUGGAUUAAAUGGGCUUAAUGAAUCAUAUUCUCAAGAUAAUGGGUCUGCAAAGGAGCUAUAUGUGUACCGCAAGCUUGGGGUUAAAAAUUGUACGUAUUAUAGUUUAAUAGGCUUUUUAUAUGUACGUAUUCUGACGAUUGAAAUAAGGUAUAAUGGAUAUCAUUGGUGUAAUGAUGCUCCUAAUGGGAUGGAUCGUGUAUUUCACAAGAUUGGUUGUGAUUUUACUGGUUUUCGGAACCUUGAGACUCUAAGAUUGCCGGGUAUCAUUAAACCCCAAUCUUCCGGCUCGGAAGAGCAAUACAAGCAGAUUUAUAUAUAAAAAUAUUAAGUUGGAAUUGCAGAGGUCUUGGAAGUCAUUGGACAAUAAGUUAUCUUCGGGAAACAUGGCAUAAACAUAAACCAGAAUUUUUGUUUUUAUCAGAAACGAAACAUGAUUUUGGAUUUGUACAAGGGUUUCAAUCACAUUUUGGUUACGAUAGUCUGGUUACGGUGGAUUCAAUUGGGAGAAGUGGUGGUUUAGACCUUUUUUAUAAUAAUGAGUACCAAGUUAAAAUUUUAUAUUCUAGCAAUAGAAUGAUAGAUGUCGAGGCGGUGGCCAAUGGGAAACAAGUAUUCCUUACUUUUGUAUAUGGAGAGCCAGAUCAAAGCUUAAGAGACCAUGCAUGGGAAGGGUUAACCCGAUAUGGUUUAGCUAGAUCGGAGGCCUGGUUUGUUAUAGGAGAUCUAAAUGAGAUUACUGGGAAUCAUGAAAAGGAUGGGGGAUCUCUAAGAUGUGCGACUUCCUUUAUUCCUUUCAACAAUAUGAUAAGGAAUAGUGGACUAUUUGAAUUUCCGGCUUGUGGUAAUAAAAUGUCCUGGCAAGGACGUAGAGGUAAAGGGAAAGGAGCUUUAACGGUCAGAUGUAGACUGGAUAGAGCCUUGGCUAAUGAAGAAUGACAUACACUCUUCCCAUUUUCUUAUACAUAGUAUUUGAGGAUGCUGGGAUCGGAUCAUCGACCGGUGAUUGCUUUUCUGGAAGAUAAAUUAUUGAGGAAAAAAAGAGGACAGUUCAGGUUUGAUAAGCGAUGGAUAGGUCAGGAGGGGCUUAUGGAAUCAAUUGUGUCAGGGUGGACAGAAAAUCAGGAGGGCCAAUCAAGGGAUUUCAUUACCAAAAUUAAUAAUUGUCGACAUGAAAUAUCUUCAUGGCGGAAAGACAAUCAACCUUAUGGGAAGGAAAAUAUACAUAAUCUUCAACAAGCUUUGGAAGAUGUACAAACAGAUAACAAUAGAACCCAAGAGGAUAUUCUUGAGAUUUCCAGGAAAUUACAGGAGGCCUAUAAGGAUGAGGAGGAGUAUUGGCAUCAGAAGAGCCGAAAUAUGUGGUACUCAUUCGGGAAUCUGAAUACCAAGUUUUAUCAUGCUCUGACAAAGCAAAGGCGGAUUAGAAAUUAAAUAGUGCGCCUCCAUGAUGAAGCGGGUAAUUGGAUCACAGAUGAAAACGGUGUUGAGAAGGUGGCGGUAGAUUAUUUUGAUGGUUCGUUUAAUUCUACUAAUCCUACGGAAUUUGAUAGUUUCCUGGAGGAGAUAGGAUCAUCAAUUUCUCCUCAGAUGAAUCAAAGGCUAUUGAGGGUAGCUACGGAGGAAGAGGUGAGACAAGCAUUAUUUAUGAUGCAUCCAGAGAAAGCGCCAGGACCGGACGGAAUGACAGCUCUCUUUUUUCAGCAUUCCUGGCAUGUCAUUAAAAAGGAUGUGGUUGAGCUGGUGAAUAAUUUUUUGGUAACAGGCGAAUUGGAUCCAAGGCUGAAUAUAACUAAUAUUUUUAUGAUACCAAAAGUAGAGAGACCGACAAGGAUGACGGAACUGAGACCAAUAAGUCUUUGUAAUGUGGGCUAUAAAAUAAUUUCGAAGGUUUUGUGUCAAAGGCUGAAAGGUUGUCUUCCCAGACUAAUUUCAGAGACACAAUCGGCUUUUGUGGCAGGAAGGUUAAUUUCAGAUAAUAUUCUUAUCGCGCAGGAAAUGUUUGAUGGUUUGAGAGCUAAUAAGUUUUGUCAAAAUAAGUUUAUGGCAAUAAAAACAUAUACGAGUAAGGCAUAUGAUCGGAUAGAGUGGAAUUUUAUCGAGGCUCUCCUUCACAAAAUGGGUUUUGAUCCUCAUAGGAUCAAACUAAUGCGAGAGUGUGUCUCUUCGGUUCAAUAUAGAGUGCUUCUCAAUCGGCAGCCACGAGGUCUUAUUAUUCCCCAGCGGGGAUUACGUCAAGGGGAUCCUUUGUCCCCUUAUUUAUUUAUCAUGUGUACGGAGGCGUUAAUUUCAAAUAUCAAAAAGGCAGAGCAGAUGAAACAAUUAACUGGUAUGAAAGUGGCAAGAGCUUGCCCUGCAAUCUCUCAUUUGCUAUUCGCAGAUGAUAGCUUGUUCUUCUGUAAGGAAAACAAGGAAGCGUGUCAAACUAAACUUAGGAUUCUAAAGGAAUAUGAGACCGUCUCUGGACAACAAAUUAAUUUCCAGAAAUCCUCAAUUCUAUUUGAACACAAGAUCGAUGAAGAUAGUCGUCAAGAAUUGAGGGAUCUUUUGGGAAUUCAGAAUUUAGGUGGAAUGAUAUCUUACAGAAAGCCUAAGAGGUUCUAAGGUACAAGUGUUUGGCUUCGUACAAGAUCGGUUAAAUAAUAGGGUUAAUGGAUGGACUUUUAGAUUUUUUACUAAGGGUGGCAAGGAGGUGAUUAUUAAAUCGGUGGUUACGGCUCUGCCAAACCAUGUGAUGUCUAUGUAUCGGUUACCGAAAACGACUGUGAAGAAGCUAACGGGUGUUGUUGCGCAGUUUUGGUGGAGUCCUAGAGGCAGUACAAGAGGUGUGCAUUGGAAAUCAUGGGAUAAACUGUGUGUCCAUAAGGAUAAUGGUGGGUUAGGUUUAAAGGAUUUGACUGAUUUUAAUACGGCAAUGCUUGGGAAGCAAUUGUGGCGGCUGAUCGAGAAGCCAAAUUCUCUUUUUUCUCGAGUUUUUAAAGAACGGUAUUACAGGAAUGCUUCACCCCUGGAUCCGAUUCACUCAUAUUCCCCGUCAUAUGGCUGGAGGAGUAUUACUUCUGCUAGAUCUCUGGUUUGUAAAGGACUAAUUAAAAGGGUUGGAACAAGAUCAUCUAUUUCAGUAUGGAAUGAUCUCUGGCUCCCAUCCACUCGCCCGAGACCAGCUAACAAAAAUCUUCAUAAUAGUUACCCGGAACUCACAGUGGAUUCUCUCAUUAAUCCGGAAUCCCGAACAUGGAAUUUACAGGCAAUUAGGAACUUGGUGGAUCACACGAUGCAAAAAUAAUUGAAAGUAUACCAUUGAGUAGAAAUCGGAUGGAGGAUAGGACGUGAUGGCAUUUCACCAAGAAUGGGGAAAUACACGGUACAAUCAGGGUAUCAAGUGGAAAGGAUUUAUCCUGACAAGGAACAACCACCAGAAUUCUAUGGGCCCAAUGUUGAUAUACUCAAAACUUUUUGUUGGAAAGUGAAGUGUCCUCCAAAAUUAAAGCAUUUUUUAUGGCAAUUGAUAUCAGGUUGUAUAGCGGUAACGAAAAAUCUAAGGGCAAGAAGAAUACAAGGAUAUACUUGUUGUGCACGGUGUGGCGAUACAGAGGAAUCAAUAAACCAUGUGUUUUUUGAAUGUCCCCCAGCUCGUCAAGUCUGGGCACUGUCUAAAAUCCCAUCAAACCCGAACUUUUUCCCUACUGGCUCUCUUUUUGCUAAUAUGGACCAUCUAUUUUGGAGAGUUAAUCCAAAGAUGGAGGAUCAUCAGUUUGCAUGGAUAUUAUGGUACAUUUGGAAGGGUCGGAAUAAUAAAAUAUUCAGUAAUCUUGAUAUUGAUCCCAGGUAAACACUUCGACUAGCAGAAGUAGAAUCCACACUUUGGGCUGAGGCACAGGUUAGUAACAACAGGUGUGCUCAGGAAGUACAAGUCAGGCCUAACUUAGGAACCACAGGAAGAUGGUGCUUCACAGAUGGUUCAUGGAAAGAUAAUGAUCUAUUUUCAGGGUAAGGUUGGAUCAGUACAUUACCAGGGGGUGAUGGUUUACUAGGGGCAAGGAAUGUAAGAGCAUGUCUUUCACCGCUCCAUUCGGAGAUGGAGGCAUUGAUUUGGGCAAUGGAAUGCAUGAGAAAUUUAAGACAGUUUCAGGUUACGUUUGCAACGGAUUGUUCUCAAUUGGUGAAGAUGGUUUCGGAACCAGAGGAAUGACCAGCAUUUGAAAGCUACCUGGAAGAUAUUAAGCUUUUGAGAAGAAGUUUCGUCAACUCAGAUAUUGUUCAUGUACCUAGGACAGAGAACACUAGGGCGGAUAGUUUGGCACGUAGUGCUCGGCAACAACCGUCUUUCGUCGUACACAUGGAUUCAGAGUUACCAUCUUGGUUUACAGAGUCUAUAUGAGUCUGUGAAUGUUGUUUGCUGUAAAAAAAAAAAUAAUAAUAAUAAUAAUUGGAAAAGGGAGAGAGAGAAGCAGAAACGAUCGUUCCAAAAAAAUCAAUUCUUUCCCAUGUUACUCUGCUUCUUCCACAUGUUACUAAAUUAGCUAGAAGAUGCUUUUUGGGGCAUAUAAUAGGGUUUCCAAGAGGUUAAUGGGAAGGAACCAGUGGAAACUUUCCUUACUAGAAAAAAGCGAGGGUAGUCCCUUUCAUGUUUUACCCUUUAGACUCAAGCAAACACCUUGCCUCAAAACAUGGGUCUUGGAGAGCUUUCUCAGCAAGACUACUUGGUCUCCACUCGUGGUUGGAAUCCUUGUGAAACUUUUUCUGGUUACUUAAAUUUCCAAGAAACAUGAUGAGAUAUAAAGAAGGUCCAUAUUUUAGUGACCUAAAUUGGGUAUAUUAUCGAUUAUAAAGUUAAAUUCAAUUCGAGAUUAAAAAUCUCAUCAUCUCAAAUGAAAGAGUAAAAUAUUCCCACAUUCACAACAAGUGCCUAACAAGUGGAACGUCCAGGAGUUAAUGUGCCUGGUCAGGGUGGGAUUGAUGAGUCAUCCAUAAAGUAAAUUUAGGAGAUUUUAAAACUAAUCAUAUUAAGGUGUUUACCAAAGGAACUUAGAGCAUGCACAUCACAUGUAUGUUGUACCGUUUCUACAGAUUUAAAAAAUAAAAAUAAUUGGAAAAGGGAGAGAAAGAAGUAGAAACGAUCGUUCCUAAAAAAUCGAUUCUUUCCCAUGUUACUAUGCUUCCUCCACAUGUUACUAAAUUACUGGUUUGAUUUAUCUUUCUGAUUUAAAAUUUAGUAAUUAAUUAAAUUAUACUCAAAUAUUAAUAUUUUAAUUGUUACGUUCUCUUUCUGGAGAUACCAAACACUAAUGGUGCUCUUAUGCAUUAUGUACUAGAAACUACCGCAAUGUUUAUUAGAAUCUAUAAUAUAAUGAGACAGUUCUCUUUUUUCUGAGGCGAAACAUCAGCUUCUUAUUUUUUAUUUGUGGGCUCCACGUUCUGUCCGGUUUGUCUUGGUCGUAAAAUUUUGGCAUUUGGUCUGAUUUGGGUUCUCCACAUUUGGUUCCAUAAUUAAGUCGAAACCUGCGUUCUAUGCUUGAAUCAAUUGUUCUGUCCGGUUUGUCUUGGUCGUAAAGUUUUGGCAUUUGGUCUGAUUUGGGUUCUCCACAUUUGGUUCCAUAAUUAAGUCGAAACCUGCGUUCUAUGCUUGAAUCAAUUGUUCUGUCCGGUUUGUCUUGGUCGUAAAGUUUUGGCAUUUGGUCUGAUUUGGGUUCUCCACAUUUGGUUCCAUAAUUAAGUCGAAACCUGCGUUUUAUGCUUGAAUCAAUUAGGACUUCAUUCUUAUCUUUAUUCCCCAUUCAAGCUCGCCGUCUACGCUUAUCUUAAUCUGCAAACCUAAUGAUUUGCAAACGGAAAGGUUGACAUCGCCGUCUCCGUACCCAACCUCCAACCUUCUCUUUCCCACCUCUUCCAGCGUCCCGAUGCCGUCUCGGAAUCCACUGUUCUGUUUCGGCCAGUUAGACCACAAAACGAUCCAUGGAGGAUGUCCCGGACAUAUCAUGGGGCUGCGAGAUAUAUUCAGUCGAGAACGCAACUUCUCUUCAGAGAUGGCUCUCCGAUUCAGGCCUCCCUCGCAGAAAAUGGCUAUCCACAGAGUCGACAUCGGAGAGAGAGAACUCCUCGCGUCUCAGAACCUAAGAAAAGGAGAGCUUCUCUCCUCAUCAGUGACGAUUCUGUGUGGACCAAUGGUGAGGCUGGUGAAAUGAUGAAACGUGAUGAAGUUCCGGAUUGGCCUUUGAUAGCUACUUAUCUUAUAAGUGAAGCGAGUCUUCAGAAAGAUUCUUGAUGGUUUGACUAUAUCUCUGCUCUUCCGAGAGAACCGUACUCGAUUUUAUACUGGACUCAGACAGAACUUGAUAUGUACUUGGAAGCUUCACAGAUUCGAGAAUGGGCAAUCUAAAGAAUCACUAAUGUUGUUGGGACGUGAGAUAUUGUAUUCUCUUUCCUUCUCUCAAAACAGCUAUUUGAUGUGUAGAACUUUGCUUUACUUGAUGCACUCUCUGGCACUUGUCCUUAGUGUGUGGGUAUGGUUAGAAGACUGAUGGUUAUGUCCUGCAUCAGACAGCAGAAAUUUUGAAGUUGCAAGAUGCACAAAUAUGUACAAGAUAUGAUUCACGGCUUCAUCCUUGCCGGUCUUGCCAGUCACUACUGUCCAUCACUGCAGAAUUCCAUGAUGCAACAGGAAGUUGGAGAAAUCUGGAUUUCCCUCCUGUGCAACAAAUGUGUAACUCCCCACGUCACCAGUGUUAUCAGGUUCUGGAUUGAGCUUCCUAUGGAUGAUGGAAAAGAUAGGGCUAUGUUUGUAGUCUUCGAUAAGGAGAUGACAAAGCUGACCAAGCAAGAAGCUUUUGUUCUUGCGCUUGAGGAGAUACCAAACAGUGGAGAUGAGGAGCUACCAAGCUGCCUUGGAGAGCUUGCUAGGAAGGAGUUUUUUUUUCAAAUUCGUGUCACACUUUUCAAUUUCACCAUACCUUCACUGUAUGAUCAACUAUCACUGAAGAUCUCAUCAUUGACAAUCAGGCUGUGGUGGGUUAAUCUUUGUGAUGAUCAGCUUCACUUAUUCCUGAUUUUAUUUAACACCUGCGUAAUUGACUAAUUAUAUCGCUGAAAGUCACCAACAAAUUGCUUCCACUCAGUUAAGGGGAAGGUGGAUUGUCAAGAGCAUCAUCCAGCGAGGCUGUUGUUGCGCUGAAGCUAGGCAUGGGUGGUGACACAGCAACCCCACCAGGGAUUGAGGAAGUGGAGAAAACGUGCAAGAGCCGCCGUUAGUAAAAUGGCCGUGUUAACUCAAUCAGCCCGUCAACUCCACUUUCAUUCCUACCGUUUUUAAAAUGACUCUUUGUUUCGCUACCUUGAAGCUUUGUUUUUGUUUUGAAUUUUCUGCAACUAUUUAUCAUUUUGUCUUUGUCUUGAAGCGUUAAUGACGAGAUUAUAAUAUAUUUCAACGUGUUGUUUA